CGACUGCAAUCGUCAGCACUAAAGCGAAAGGAACCGAAUUUGUUGUCAUUCUGGAAAAUGCUAUAAACCCGCCCUGAGGAUCACACGAACCGCGGAAAGGAUGUCCAACGCAGUGGUGGUGCUGGACAACGGGGCGUACACGGCCAAGGUGGGCCUGUCCAGCCAGGACGAGCCGCAGGUGGUGCCCAACUGCAUCAUGAAGGCGAAGAGCGAGCGGCGGCGCGCCUUUGUGGGCAACCAGAUCGAGGAGUGCCGGGACACCUCGGCGCUGUUCUACAUCCUGGCCUUCCAGCGUGGCUACCUGCUCAACUGGGACACCCAGAAGACGGUAUGGGACUACGUAUUCAGCAAGGACGGCAUCGGUUGCACGCUGGAGAACCGCAAUAUCGUCAUUACCGAGCCGCAGAUGAACUUCCAGAGCGUCCAGGAGGCGAUGAUGGAGAUGCUGUUCGAGGAGUACCGGGCAGCCGGUGUCUAUAAGACCACAGCCGCCGAUCUGGCCGCCUUUAACUAUGUGGCCGACAGCGAGGAGCGCACCACAAUGCAGACGCUUAACUGCAUCAUCAUUGAUGUCGGCUAUAGCUUCACACACAUCGUUCCCUUUGUCCUGGGACGGCGCGUCCUCGAGGGCAUACGCCGCAUCGACAUGGGCGGCAAGGCGCUGACCAAUCACCUCAAGGAGUUAAUCUCGUAUCGCCACCUAAACGUGAUGGACGAGAGCCAUGUGGUGAACCAGAUCAAGGAGGAUGUCUGCUUCGUGGCGGAGGACUUCAAGCAGGCGAUGCGUGUGCAUCAGUCGGAGGAGAAGCGCAGGGAAAUCUCGCUGGACUAUGUCCUUCCGGACUUCACCACCGUGAAGCGGGGCUAUGUCCGCAUUCCGGGCAAGCCUCGCGAGGACGAGUCGCAGCAACAGUCGGUGCCGCUGUGCAAUGAGCGCUUCACCGUGCCCGAGCUGCUCUUCAAUCCCUCGGACAUUGGAGUGCCGCAGGUGGGCAUCCCGGAGGCAGUGGCCGAUUGCCUAAAGGCCUGUCCCUGGGAGGCGCACCGAGAGCUGCUGCUCAACAUCCUUAUUGUGGGCGGCAGCGCCCAGUUUCCCGGCUUCCUGCCGCGCCUCAAGCAAGACUUGCGCGCCCUGGUUCCCGACGACCUGGAGGUGUCGCUCAUCUGCCCCGAGGAUCCGGUAAGCUACGCCUGGUACGGCGGCAAGGAGGUGGCCACCAGUCCCAACUUCGACGAGUUCGUCUACACGCGCGAUGAUUACGAGGAGUACGGCUUUCAGGGUAUGAACCAGCGAUAGUCUUAAGCUAUUUUCAUACACAAUACACGAUCUUUUGUAGAACA